GAGAGCGCGAACCGCACGCCUUGCUACCCCUGCUGCUACUACUGAAUCAUGGAGUGAGUGGUCUUGAGCUCUGCGCGGAGAGGUUUUGUGUAUCUUAUGGAUUGGAGGCCAUCUCAAUUUGUGUAGCACAGAGGAUUGUGAUGUGGGCAACUCCGUCAAACGCUGCACAUGCCAGCUUUUGCUAUGAGAUGGAAAACAGGUGCACUUGUUGGUCGCAGCGUUGUUGAACCCCGACAUUCGUCUCGUUUCAAAUGCUGGCCGGGGUCGUUGGUGCCUGGGGCGUAAGCAAACAUGAACGAGCCGCUAAGGCCUCUUCAUCGCGUGCUCAUGGUGUCGGAUUUUUUCUAUCCCAAUUUUGGAGGAGUUGAGAAUCAUAUCUUCUAUCUCGCCCAAUGCCUUAUGCAGCGUGGGCAUAAGGUGGUGGUCGCAACGCACGCAUAUGGACGGAGGAGUGGCGUGCGGUACAUGACCAAUGGGCUCAAGGUUUACUACAUUCCUUGGUUGCCAUUUUAUCUACAAACUUCAUUUCCGACUCUGUUUGGAACGUUUCCAAUUUUUCGGACAAUAAUGUUGCGGGAGCGAAUUACGAUUGUCCAUGGACAUCAAGCCUUCUCGACCUUGUGUCACGAGGCUAUAAUGCACGCACGUACCAUGGGGUAUAAAACCGUCUUCACAGACCAUUCUCUUUGUGGAUUCGCUGAUGUGGGGAGCAUCCACAUGAAUAAAGUAUUACAGUAUACUCUUGCUGAUGUUCAGCAAGCAAUAUGUGUCUCUCACACCAGCAAAGAAAACACGCAUUUGAGGUCUACACUCCCCCCUGAGAAGAUCUUUGUGAUUCCAAAUGCUGUAGACACUGCCAUGUUUCAGCCAGAUCCCAGCAAGCGUAUCAAGGAUAAGGUCGUUAUAGUGAUAAUCAGUAGAUUAGUGUAUCGCAAGGGCGCUGAUUUGCUCGUGGAGGUCAUCCCGGAAGUGUGCAGGUUGUUUCCACAGGUUCACUUUAUAAUCGGUGGGGAUGGACCAAAGAGAGUUCGACUGGAAGAAAUGAGAGAAAAGUAUCAUCUGCAAGAUCGGGUCGAGAUGCUCGGUGCAGUUGCCCACUCUGAUGUGCGAAAGUGUCUUGUACGCGGUCAUAUAUUUCUCAACAGUUCCUUGACCGAGGCUUUCUGCAUCGCAAUAGUGGAAGCUGCGUGUUGUGGACUGCUCACAGUGAGCACAAAAGUUGGUGGUGUUCCAGAGGUUCUACCACCUGAGUAUAUUGUCUUGGCCGAACCGAUACCUUCACGAAUGGUUGUAGCUGUAGCUCAAGCAAUCGAGCUUCUUCCAAAUGUCGAUCCCUUUGCGAUGCAUAAUCAGAUGCGGACUCUCUACAGCUGGCCGGAUGUGGCAGAAAGAACGGAAACCGUUUAUACACAUGCAAUGAACACCGAAAAUGAGGAUCUUCUGCAGCGACUUGAGAGGUACUACGCAUGUGGACCAUGGGCAGGAAAGCUAUUUUGUCUAGUUGUAAUCAUGGACUACAUUUUUUGGCACUUUCUUCAGUGGUGGCAGCCAGCCGCGGAAAUGGACGUGGCACCUGAUUUUCAGCCGCAAGAAGAAUCAGGAACCGUUCGGGCUGUGAACAGAAGUUGAAGGGAUGGGCUCAUAAAGUUCUUCGAGAGGGACUUACAUUCGUGGGGAAUUCGGUUCAUGAUACCUUCUACUUCUGGACGUUGGCAGGUUCACUCCGGACAUGAGAAGUCAGUCACUGGACGACUUUCACAAGGUCGAGUUCCUCAGAGUAGAGUAUGUUUGAACCUUGAGUGGGCUGAGUCGUCGAAACUGAGGAGUCCAGCCACUUUUGAUGCAUUCCAGGUCGGUUGUCCCAAAUGCUUAUUCCAUCUUCUACCCCAUUUUUUGCAUGACUUAGACAUCAGAUCCAAGCAUGUUAGAAUAUUCAUUCUUUACACGAUUGAAACGUACCAUGGUGGGACGGUGCACACCAUCGUAGGAAAGUACUCUCUUGAACAUUUUGCCGAAGUCAGAAGCUUAAACUUUAUCUUUUGUUCAAGACUCACAACGAAGUUUAAACCCAAGAUUUUUUGGAU